AGAGCUAUGAGACUCCUAAGCAGCCACCCCAUCUUGUUUCUUUGAUCUUGCAUAUCAAUUUCUUUUCCAACAUCUUCUUUCUUCUUCUCCAAAACCCUUUUUCUCCUGUUUUUAUUUUUUUUUUAUUCCUUGCAUGGUUUCUCCUGAAUCUGCCGCCACUGCCUCCUCCUUCCUCACCCACACAUUGGCUUCACCACCCACGCCUAUCCCUAUUGUUUCUUCUCCAAGAACCAGCAACAAUGGGUUGCUCUACAACUCCUCCCUCUUCCUUUUCUUGCAGCCCUCUCUUCUUCUCUCAAGAAAUCCAGCAGUAGCAACAAAUUUCCUUUCUUUUUUCAUUUCCAGUAAUUGCCUCCUCUGCUGCUUUAGCCGCCGCGGCUCUCUCCCUCAGCUUCUGUCAGAGGGGAAUAAGAUCAACUUUGAGAUCUAGAUCAAAGUGUAGCACCAAGGACAAGUUUGCAUCGACGUUCAACGUUCUUAGAUUCGUUAAGACGCUAGUACCUGUGCACCGCCGGACGAGGUCUAUAAAUCAGCUGAGGUGGCUUACUCGUGUAGGAAGGCAUUGAUCAGUAUCCAUGGAAGCAGCGAGAGAGAUCACAAGAGAGAGUGCUCAUGAAAGGGGCAGUAACAUAGUUGCAUGUGUUCAAGAAGAGCAUGGUGAAAACAUUAACGUGAACAAGGAGAGUCCAUGCAAGCGAGUUGAUGAGCAGCAGCAACACCAGAAAUCUGGAUGGAAGAAGUUCCUUGCUCACGUUGGACCCGGAUUCCUGGUGUCGAUGGCUUACCUUGAUCCUGGAAACUUGGAAACUGGCCUACAAGCAGGAGCAAAUCACAAGUACGAGCUCUUGUGGGUGAUACUGAUUAGUCUCAUUUUUGCACUGAUUAUACAAUCAUUAUCGGCUAAUCUCGGCGUGUCCACAGGAAAGCACCUUGCGGAGCUGUGCAAAGCAGAAUACCCCAAGUACGUUAAGUACUGUCUUUGGGUGCUGGCUGAGUUAGCUGUGAUUGCUGCUGAUAUACCUGAAGUGAUAGGAACUGCCUUUGCUCUCAAUAUCUUGUUCCAUAUCCCACUGUGGGCAGGUGUGCUUAUCACAGGGCUGAGCACUCUGAUGCUUCUUGGCCUUCAGAGAUAUGGGGUCCGGAAGUUUGAGCUUCUAAUAGCAGUGCUGGUGUUAAUCUUAGCCGCCUGCUACUUUGGAGAGCUGAGUUAUGUAAAACCCCCAGCUGCUGAGGUGAUGAAGGGGCUCUUUGUGCCUCGGUUCGGCGACGACAGUGCUACCAGUGAUGCAAUAGCUCUCCUUGGCUCCCUUGUCAUGCCGCACAAUCUGUUCCUGCAUUCGGCUUUGGUGCUCUCAAGGAAGACUCCCCCCUCUGUCAAAGGCGUCAAUGAUGCAUGCAGAUUGUUCUUCCUCGAGAGCGGUUUCGCGCUGUUUGUUGCAUUGCUGAUCAACAUUGCUGUGGUCUCUGUCUCUGGGACUGUCUGUGCUGCUGAUAACCUCUCUGCUGAUGAUGCUGAUAGAUGCGAUGAUUUAACUCUCAAUUCAGCAUCAUUCUUGCUCAAGAAUGUCCUGGGAAAAUCUAGCUCAAUAGUCUACGGGAUUGCAUUGCUGGCCUCCGGACAAAGCUCUACAAUAACAGGCACAUACGCUGGUCAAUAUAUCAUGCAGGGUUUCUUAGACAUCAAGAUGAGGAUGUGGGUUCAGAACUUGAUGACUCGAUGCAUCGCGAUCGGUCCAAGCCUCAUCGUCGCCAUUAUAGGAGGCUCUGCUGGAGCAGGAAGGCUUAUAAUUAUCGCAUCGAUGAUACUUUCCUUUGAGCUGCCUUUUGCUCUCAUCCCUCUGCUCAAGUUCAGCAGCAGCAGCACGAAGAUGGGGCCUCACAAGAACUCAAUUUAUGUGAUCGUGGUCUCGUGGAUCCUCGGUUUUGGAAUCAUAGGAAUCAACAUCUACUUCCUGAGCACAAGCUUCGUGGGAUGGCUCAUCCAUAGCAGCCUUCCGAAGGCUGCCACAGUCUUCGGUGGCAUCGUCGUGUUCCCGUUCAUGGCGGCCUACGUCCUGGCCGUCUUCUACUUGACGAUCCGAAGGGAUACGGCGGUGACAUUUGUGGACAAGCCCGAUGAGUCACAGAUAGAGAUGGAGAGUGGAGUGCGUAGUUCGGAUGGCAAUAAGGGCACUGAAGUGGCGCCGUACAGGGGUGACCUUGCCGAUAUUCCCCUUCCUGACUAAUGUCUGUCCGAAGCUUUGUGUACUGUAUUGCCCAGCGGUGGCUUAAUAAGUGGGAUUUGCAAUGAGUUGUUUGUGGAAGGUGGGCUUCUUAUUUAUGCAAUGAUUAUUCAGGCUUCAUAACUGAUGAAUGGCUAA